AUGCUGCUCGGCAAUUCCGCCCUUCGUACCGGUAAAUUAAGAUUUCGUUUAGAGCAGUCUGUUGGUUCUUGCGUCAGUGAAAUUUCUUUUCUUGAUGUCGCACAUCGCUUGGAAGAACACACAACGUGUUCCAUUUCUGUAUUCCGCCAAGAAUCGAAACCUGAAAAUGCUGCAUUGGGACAGUUGUAG